GUACAACAUCUCGAAGGUAUAAGACCGAAGUCGCAGGACUUAAGCUUAAGUCCGUUCCUUGGCUCCGAACCUAAGCUCAUCUAUGAGAGAGAAUUGCUGGUGGCAAAGCCUGUAGGGCCACGUCAAGAGGCACAAUCAAAACAGCUCUUGAGCGAUACUUAUAAAAGAAGGAUAUCCGGAUGCGUCAGAGACCUUUCAUCAAUAAACCGACACACUAAAAAUCAUAUUUUCGACCCCUUGAUUCCACAAGCUGAGACAAAAUGGCCAAGACGCUCCCCUUCAGUGACAUUCAAGUCCCAUCCCCUGGGUUCGGCGCGAUGGGCAUUAGCCACGCUAUGGGAAGCAAUCUCAGUCUCGAAGAAGCUGAACCUGUACUCUUGAAAGCAAUCGAGCUAGGAUGCACCUUCUGGGAUACUGCUGUUGCCUAUCAAGCUGGCGUCAAUGAAAAGCUCCUUGGAGACUUUAUUAGAAAGUACAACGUUCGUGACAAGAUCUUUCUCGCUUCGAAAUGUGGCUUUGAAGUCUUUGGUGGAGAGCGCAAAGUCACCAACUCGGCCUCCCAUAUCAAGGAAUAUAUUGACGGUACUAUCGAGAGGCUUGGCUUCGCGCCUGACCUCUACUAUCUCCACCGAAUUGAUCCGAAGACCGCUCUCGAAGAGUCUAUUCCGGCCUUAGAUGAGAUCCGAAAAGCCGGAAAAACCAAGUACAUUGGUCUCUCCGAGUGCUCUGCUGUGACUCUUCGCAAGGCUAAUUCAAUCGCCAAGAUUGAUGCUGUUCAGGCAGAGUACUCGGCCUUCGAGACCCUCCAUGAGUCUAGUGGCUUAAUCGAUGCAGCGAAAGAACUCGACAUAGCUUUCGUCGCUUUCAGCCCCCUAGGCCAUGGAUGGCUGGUUGAUGAUUUCCCAUACAAGAGUCCUGACGACUUUGCGCCAGACGAUUUCCGCCGAACAGUGCCCAAGUUUCAGGGGGAGAACUUCUCCAAAAAUCGAGCUAUUGUGGAAGAGAUCAAGAAAAUCGCUUCUCGGAAAGGCUGCACUCUGGCUCAGGUUGCACUGGCCUGGGUCGCGUCUCAAGGACUGAUCUCCAUCCCUGGCACGACUAAACCUAACCGUUUGGAAGAGAAUUGGGCAUCCAGGUACAUUAAUUUGACACUGGAAGAAAAGCAAGAACUACGGAGGAUCAUCGAUUCUGCCAAGCCGCAAGGGGAUAGGUUCUCCCAUAUUCACCAGUCUAUGGUGGGGCAUUAGGUACAGAAGACAACUGUCAGGCGCCGUAAAGCACUGUAGAUUGACGUCGGUCACUGAGUUUCUCCAAUUGCGAUUUAAAGACGUUAAGGUCAAACAAAGCCUGGUAUAACUAAGAGUAGCAAUGACCCCGCUCGACAAUCACACAUAAGGUGUUAAGAAGUGCAAAAGUCCGA